AAAAGGAAUUCGCCAUUUUAAAAAGUCUAUCACUUGCUGCUGCUACUGGUACGAUUGCUCCCCGUAGUAUCGAAUAAAAAAACGGGGGGUGAGUAUAGUGAAGAACAAUAAAUGGCAACCCCUAUUUUUCCGCACACGCUUCGUGUAUUCCGCAACAUGGUGUAACAUAGUGUUUCGGCUAUCCGAUCCAUGUUUUGUGAGCAGUGCGGAUGCUGGAGCAAGUGCAGACAGUCGUCUAGAAUCGAGAAAGUUGCAUCGGCCACCCAUCACCCGUCAGGCGUGCAAGGCGACCGCGUCAGUGUAUGUAGUGCAGGAAGCGAAAAUUGAAAUCGCGCACACCGUAGAUCACCCCAACCGUCCGCAGAGAGAUAUCGCGCUAUUUCGCGGACCUCGCUAAUUACUUUCUAUUGCGGAUAUCUCGUAAAGAACCUGUUCUAGUGCGAAGUCAAGUUUGUUGAUGCAAUUGUAAGCCUUACCAUCUCGCUACAGCUCAAACCAGCAAAUGCAGAUCUGCAAAUGCGGAAAUCGAAUAGAACCGCAUCCAGUGUUGGCUUGUUGCAUCGUAGACGCGUCUGUGCUAUUCUGCAGCAGUUCAACAGAGGGAAAAGUGUAAAGUUACAAGGGCUACAUUUGCAAAGAAAACAACAACAAAACAGCAGCGUUACCUCACAUCCGGACGGGCAAUAUAUCGUCAUUCGAUGAUUCAAGCAGGAUACAGAAAGACGAUAUAUUCCCAAACUGAACAUUCAGACAUUCUCUUGCCUCGUACCAGAAAUGUAAAUUUCCCUAUGAAAAGCAUUCAUUUAGUGCAAAAAAAAUUGUGAUGUGUGGGCUACUGUGAAACGUGAAUCUCGGCAAGCAAGGGUGUGGGUGCGUGCAUGUGUAUCCGACGCAUUUUAAGAAAAGAAAGUCGAGACCAUAAGAAAAAGGAAACCCACGCGAAGAGCGAACAGUAGAACGAAACAAUAACUGGCCAGACGACGUUUUCCCAAGGCACUGGUGGUACACACUGCUUGACGCCCGGUGGGGGGUAAAAAUAUUAUUUGCGAAUGGUGGUGGGAAGCAGAACCAUGCGUUAACAUUGUUGCGUGUUGGUAGAUAUGUCCUUGUAAAAAUUGCUAUUCUUUAGGUCUACCAUUAGCAAAGUUUGCGGUGCAUGCGACCGUAAGGAAGCAGAAAAUUUUCCUUUUCCCUUCAGGGGUCGUGUAAUAGCACAGUAUACGCAUAUGUGUGUGUGUGUGUGUGAAUGUGUAUGAGCGCGUGCGUAACCAUCACUGUGUGCGUGUGUUCCUGGUGGUGAAUGUCAAAAUUUCUGUUUGACAGAGAUUUGUUGGUGUUUUGUUUCCCUCUUGCGUCUCCCGGUCAGCAUAAAAGUGUAUAAUCAAAAGUAACCCCGUUUCUGCUUGGAUCCACAGUGUGUAUGUUACCUUGAACGGGUGAAAAACUUUCCCUGCAAAAGCCGGCACACCGUUACGGUGAAAUAAGCAAAACUUUGCUGUGUCUACGGUUGUUUAGCAUCAUCGUGUAACGCUAGAUGCAUUUCCUGUUUGGAAUGCUGCCUGGCAUUGGCGUACGGGAGAGAAUAAACAAACGUGGCCGAAGGGAAUUGCAUCUAGUUGGUGACAUUUGAACGAAAGCCAGCAGUUCAGUUUUAUCUGUGGUGGAAGUGCAACAUAGAGCAAAGGUGGAAGAACGAACUUUGCUUGCACGUUAAACAUUAAAGUGAGAAACAUUCUACAAUUGACAAAAUCACCGUACAGAGGAACUAACGGAACUAUUGGAUGUGCAAGUAAUUUACUUGACAUCUUCAUCUUCCGUAACAUCUUAAGAUCCCGAAGCUCGAAGGACAUCCACAUCACACCGGUACACGGCACCGUCAGGGUUCAGCAAGGUGGAUACUAAAAGCAACCUGGGACUUUCCCAGGAUUUUGAGAGGAUGGUCGGGCUGACGGGUGGAUCGCAUCUGUAUGCGGCCGGUAUACCAGCGGCCGCACAGGAAAUCGUUCGCGACAUGGCCGCCAUGCCAACGGCGGCCCCGACCAGUGCGGACGCGUGCCUCAGCAUCGUCCAUUCGCUAAUGUGCCACCGACAGGGAGGCGAAAGCGAAGGCUUUUCCAAGCGUGCCAUCGAGUCGCUGGUAAAGAAACUGAAGGAAAAACGGGACGAACUGGAUUCCUUAAUUACGGCCAUCACAACGAACGGGGCACAUCCGAGCAAAUGUGUUACGAUACAACGUACGCUUGAUGGUCGAUUGCAGGUCGCUGGACGCAAAGGAUUUCCACAUGUGAUCUAUGCGCGUAUUUGGCGUUGGCCCGAUCUGCACAAGAAUGAACUAAAGCACGUAAAAUUUUGUCAGUUUGCGUUCGAUCUAAAGUGUGAUUCGGUCUGUGUUAAUCCUUACCAUUACGAGCGUGUUGUUUCACCCGGAAUCGAUCUAUCGGGUCUUACGCUGCAGUCUGGUCCAAGCCGCUUAAUAAAAGAUGAAUACACGCCGGGCUCGGUCGUUGGUGGAGGAAUGGAUAUAGAUGGCAAUGAAAUCGGUACCAUACAGCAUCACCCAUCGAUGGUUGCCGGUGGUGCGUAUAGCACCAUGUCCAUGCAUCCGCAAGUGCCCGCAUCCGUUAUCGGUGGUCCCGCCGGGCUAACGAAUAAUGGUUUACGAGCGCCGCAAAGCUCACAGCAACAGCCACCACCAACACAACAGCAACAGCAGCCUUCAUCACAAUCCAGUUCCCAAUUAACAAACGGUGGAAAUAGCGGCUUACUUGGAAGCUCUACCCAAUCAAGCUCCAGUGGUGGUGGUAGCAGUGGUGGGUUGAUCGGUGGAGAAGCCUCUCAAUACUAUACAAACGCUGCCAGCGCCGACCCGUCGAUGGGAAACGAUCCCCAAAGUGGAAUGGGACCGUCCAGCAUGUCCGGUUCGCUUUCGGCAACCUCGCCCGUCUCCCCUCAUCUGCAGCAAAAUGGGUAUGUGUCGGCCAGCAAUGGUCAGUCGGCACAAGCCGGUCCUUCCGGCGCUCAGCCGCAACCGAAUCAAACGGGUGCGCAACAAUACCAGCAACAGCAGCAACAGCAGCAAUCGCAACAACAGCAGCAAGGUGGUUCCGCAACGUGGUCCGGUUCGAAUACUCUAAAUUACACACAAUCGAUACAACCUCCGGCACAUGCAGGUGGUUCGCAUCAGCAACAAGCGUCACAACAACCGUCACAGUACUGGCCGCACAGUUCCGGCGGUGCUACCGGUGCGGUUGGGGCUGCCACUGGUUCCAGUGUUGGUACUGCCACCGGUGGGCAGCUAUCGGAAUUGCCCGGUCAGCAACGCUUAUUGUCGCGUCAGCCUGCGCCGGAGUAUUGGUGUUCGGUGGCUUAUUUCGAGCUGGACACGCAGGUCGGUGAAAUGUUCAAAGUACCUUCGAACCGGCCAAACGUCACAAUCGAUGGAUACGUUGACCCGUCCGGCGGUAAUCGAUUCUGUCUCGGAGCGCUUAGCAACGUACAUCGAACGGAGCAGAGUGAAAAGGCUAGGUUACAUAUUGGCAAAGGUGUACAACUGGAUCUACGCGGCGAAGGAGACGUUUGGUUGCGAUGUCUCAGUGAUCAUUCAGUAUUUGUACAGAGCUACUACCUCGACCGGGAAGCAGGCCGAACGCCUGGCGAUGCCGUACACAAAAUUUAUCCCGCAGCGUGUAUAAAGGUAUUCGAUCUGCGACAGUGUCAUUUGCAGAUGCAAUCCCUCGCCAACUGUGCCCAGAAGGCGGCUCAAAUGCAGGCCGCUGUGGUGGCGGGUGUGUCGGCUGUAGGAGCUCCUAGAAGUCUCUCCGCUGUCGCUGGUAUUGGUGUAGACGAUUUACGACGUCUCUGUAUUUUGCGACUGUCAUUCGUGAAGGGUUGGGGUCCCGACUAUCCACGGCAAUCGAUCAAGGAAACGCCAUGCUGGGUAGAGGUACAUCUGCACCGUGCACUACAACUGCUGGACGAAGUGCUGCACCAGAUGCCGAUUGAUGGGCCCCGUGCCAUCGAGUAAAGUAAAGGCAACAGUUGUGCACGGAAACGACGACGUUACUUAGCUUUCUCGGCAAUGGUUAUUGAGCGUUUGUGCAGGUGAGGUAUGAUAAGUAGAGUCUAAAGUCACUACAUCGAUUGGAUCAACCGACCAUAUACGAUCAACAGUCGUAGAAUGUGCGGAAAGAUUCGUGGAGGAAAACUGUGUAAAUAUAGACUUGAACCCUAGAUAUGGUUCAAGCAGGGUGAAUGGGUGAUGACGAUAAUGAGUGGGUUUCGUAGUGUGUACAAGUGUGAUUCUAAUAUGACAAAGAUUUAGUUUGAUAAGAAAGCAUACGCAAUCGAAAAAGGCAAAUGCGCACUUGCAUGUGCAGCUGUAGCGAGUGGCACGAUUAGGGGAUAGAAUAGUGGUACUACAAAAAAAAACUAGGGCAUGAAAGUGAUGCAACGUUAUUCAAACCUUCUCAUGUAUACUAAUGUUGGGCAAAGAUAAACAAAUGUGCUGAAAAGAUAUAUUAAGAAACAAACACGAACACAACGCAUAAUACUACACAGCAAAACCCACAGCGACAGGUUUUCUGGAAGGAUGAGCUACUUUAGGAAACUGAGCAAAGUGGGAUAUACUUUGUUCUAAGAGCAAUUGUAUAUGGCUUAUUAUACUACCGCUGUAUCGUUCGCGUACUAUGCAGUGAAAGUAAGAUUCUAACGACUUAGAAGCUGGAUGCAUGUACUCAAUGACGAUAAAUUUAUGAAUAUGUUUAAAUAGCAGACCACUGCCUCAAUCCACUUUGCGGGAAAAGGGCACGUAGAAACGGAAUGCAAACUUUGGCAUUAAAUUAAAAGUGAAUCGUGUGCUAGUGUAAAUCCAGCGAUUAUAAGCAUCGAGCGUAACAGGAAAAACAAAUGAGACAAACAAACAAACAACCUACAAAAAUGGUCUACCUCUAAAUGAAAAAAGUAUGUUAAACAAACGUUCAGCUGCUUAUGCUGGAGGCCAAUGCUAUCCAGACUCAUACAAAAGUUUGCUACAGGUAGGAUUAUUCAUCAAAUGUUGCUGAGCCUUUCGGACGUGUUUAACAGUACGGUAUAAAAAUGUAUUGGAAGUAAUAAUUUUCUUGCCCUACAAAAAUCCUCUUUUUUCCCUUCUUUGGCCGUAAAAAUCAAUGUUGUAUGUGGGUUGAUUUUAAUUUCAAUGGCUCGAUAAUAAUUUUUCAUUUUUGCUGUGUGUAAAAUCUUACAUGAGCUCGUGGUAGGGAUUGUUACAGGCAGAGCCUAUAGUUGAUAUUUUUCAAUUUUAAAAACGGAAGCUGAAAAUUUUUUGCAAAAUCAUAUAAAGUAAAGAUUAAAUUUUCUUACAGCAUGAAUAUACAAUGUUCAUCCAUUGCAGCAAGUAAUGUAUCCAAUGCAUUGCGAUUAAACCGUGAGAGUGCCCUAUCGUUUGAAGAUAAGAUACAAUGUUUCGAUUGAAGAUGAUGCCCAAGCAUGUAAGGCGAGCGAAGAAAAGCUUUCUAUAUGCCGCUUAAAAGGUUCUUCACGUUUGUGCCAUUUUCGUUUGUUUUGCGUAUUCUUUCGUUGAAGUUAUGAAUUAGUUAAACUGGUUCUAUACUUUUACACAGCUAUUUUAAUGCAAUCUUACAACUAUCAGCAAUUUCCGACAACUGAUCACAUUCGUUAGAACCGAUUGAUUUACUUGAGUCCCUCGCAUUAAACGUUGCUUUGACUUUAAUCGUAAAAUAAUACCAAGUUCAGUAAGAUGAUGCGUUUUCACUUAAGACAUUUGGUAUAACGUGUGGGAAUAAAUUACAAAAUCUGUGAAUACUAAAAAUGUCACGAUAAACGCGUGACCGAAUACAGCAUGAAAAUUAAAAUUAAUAAAAGAAUAUCGUUUGAUUUCGUUAGAAAGAUACAAGUGCAAUGAAUCCAACGUAAGAAAAGAGUAAAAUAGUUAUAAAACAAACAUUGAUAAAAACGAAUAUAUUGUAGUAAAAAGGAAACAGAAACAAUAUAAAACACAUGGCGCACACAAGCACUGAACUGUACUGCAACAUGAAACAAAAUCCAACAAAAUAAAUCAGCAUCACUUGGGGCGAAGCAUACGAAACGUACUGUGUACAAGGAUAAAAAUUAUCUUCAGCAUACAAACAACAGACCACAGAGGAGAAUUUUCUUUCCCAGCUCCUUGUGCCUUUAUCCAAUGCUCCUGUUUUCUGGAAUCCAUUUCUCCUGUUUGUUUGUGGAAUACUUCGUUAAACCCUUUACUAUUUUCUUGUUUUUAGUUGUUGAUUUUGCAGUAAUUUAAAAAAAACAAACAAAUUGUUUUUGUGAUACACCUUCGAUAUACAUGCUUCAAAAUGCUUCAAAAGUUUCUCUUGAUUAGGUUCAACAUUACACAGAAUAUUAGCAAUGUUCUAAUUUUGUUGCUUGAUUACGUUUUCACAAUAUUUACUAUUUUUUAUAAAUCAAUAUAAAUCAUUUUAGUAGUUGCAAAACAAAUGGUUUUUGUUUUAAUAUUAUGUUUUUCAUUUUGAGCCUAUUGAUAAAAGAUAUGGGUAAAAUGUUUACAAAGCGACAAAUGUACUUGUAUCGCUUUCCAAGUUUUCUUCAAGGGCACAUAUUUGGAAUUUAGCCAGCAGAGGUGAUGCAAAUAUUCAUUAUUUUUCCUUUGUUUCAAUAAAUCAAAUGUAAAAUGUUCGAGGAGCUAAUGUGCAAACACGACAAAGAAAUCAAAAUUGAAAGCAGAUAAAUAACACUAGCAUGAGAAGUCCAAUCUGGGUACUAGCAACGUGACCUGGCAGAAAAUGUAGCAAAAAAGCAUUAAAGAAUAGAGGAGAAAAAAAGAUGAAAAAGUAAAACAGAAAGUAAUAAAAAAUUUGCAAAAUUAAGAGAAAAGCAGAAAAGCGAAACAAAAUAUAUACAUUAUAGAUUUAUCCCUAUUACGAAGUGUAAAUGAGUUGCAUCAUUUUAUGAAUAAAAAGAUCCACUAUUUUUAAGUAAA